CCGCCCCGUCCCCUCACGGCGCCCCCCCCGGCUCCCGGGCGAGCGGGGAACGGCGGCAGCGCGGCUCCCCCCGGCUCCCCCCGGCCCCGCCGCUCCUCCUCCGGGCGCCCGUCCCUCGGGGCACGGCUCGAGGCGUUUGGCCGUUCCCUGCCCGCGGGGCCGCAGCCGCGGGGAAGGGGCGGCGUUGGCCUGGAAGCCAGGGGCGGGCUGGGGGAGCCCCUGAAGGACCGUGGGCUCCUGACCCGGCCGGGACGGAGCCCCCCGGGGCUGCUGCCGCCGGUGGGGGCGGCCGGAGGGUAGAGGAUGGAGACCCUGGACGAGUUUGACAACGAGUACCCCCUCAGCAUGGCGUUUUGCAAGCAGAUUUCCCCAGAGGACUUUGAGGAGCAGUCCGUGUCCUACACGCAGCAGUGCCUGCAAGAGCUGUACUCGACCAUGGAGCAGAACCCGCGGGUCUUUGAGAGGGCUUUGAGAAAGCAGAAACAGGUGGAGAAGGAAGAAGCUGGCUUGCUGUCUUACAUAAAGGCCAAGAUUUUUUGGACUCUGCAGGGAGAAUUAAAUUACUCUAACUACAUGGACAUUGCAGAGAUGAAAGAGAAAGUAUGCCAGCUGAGACGAGACAUGAAGAGAGUAAACAGCUAUGCUCAGGGUGCAAGAACUAGGAAAGGGCGACAUCCAAGGCAGUUGUGGGGAAAGAUGCGUACUCUAGAAGGUGGAUUUAGCCCCUUGCGCUCCAAGGCUCCUGAACCUCCCAAGAUCACAAUGCCCAGGGUCUUUGGCCCUUUUCCAAAAAUCACAAAUAAGCAGAUGGACAGAACUACAAUUUCAAGCCCUGAUCUGAAAUACUGGUGGAAUGGUGCAGCAACAGUGAACCAGAAAAGACUUCUUGGCAGUGCUCCCACGCCUCCUCCUCAAAAUGCUGGCUCUAAUGACACCAAACCGGCAGCCUCCGUUUUUAACACACCUAUACAAUGCACAUUUCAAGGUGGUGCAGAAGAUGACAUGGAUAGUGAAAAACCUGGCCCCAGUUCCUCUGCUAAAGAGGCAUAAAUGUCUCUUCUAAUAUGGAAAACCUAGGUGAAUAAACACUCUGUGCAAGUGC